AUGGCCUCGGAACGUCCCGCCUUCAAUGCUGCGCCCUAUGACGCGACGACAACCGCAACUGAGCUGGCCGAAAAGUACAGCAGCCAGAUCAGGGACAAGAUUGUCCUCGUCGUAGGGGCAUCUCUGACCAGCAUCGGCGGCACGUUUGCCGUGAGCAUCGCCAGCGCCCAGCCCCGUCUGCUCAUUCUGGCCGGCCGCAGCCUCGAGAAGACGCAACAGACGGCGGACGCCAUCACAACCGCCGAGACACGUGUUCUCCAGGUCGACCUCAGCUCUCUCGCCUCCGUCCGCGAGGCGGCCUCUGCCCUCCUGGCCUAUGAAGAUGUCCCCCGUGUGGACGUCGUCAUGCUGAACGCUGGCAUCAUGGGCACCGAGUACGCAGUCUCGCCGGACGGAUUCGAGAGCCAGCUCGCCACCAACCACCUGGGGCCCUUCCUCUUCACCAACCUAAUCAUGCCCAAGAUCCUCAAGUCCGAAGCGCCGCGGAUCGUGCCCGUGAGCAGUAAUGGCCACCGCCUCGGGGGCAUCCGGUGGGGCGACUAUAAUUUCAGCAACGGCGAGACGUACGAUAGAUGGCGUGCUUAUGGACAGUCCAAGACGGCCAACAUGCUCUUCGCCCGCAGCCUGGCAACAAAGCUCGGUGAGAAGCACGGGUUGCAGGCGUACAGCCUCUGCCCUGGGCUUGUCGGCGGCACCCUGCUCGGCGCGCAUCUUGACCCGGCGGUGGACUAUGCGGAGAUGACUGCCGUCGACCAGGCACUUGGGAAUAUAGAGGGAUGGGUACUCUUCUCAGGCAGAUUCACCUUCAAGAGCAUCGAGUGUGGCGCUUCCACCCUCGUUUUUGCGGCAUUCAGCCCCGAUUUGAAACACAGCAAUGGCGGCUUUGUACAUGAUUGCCAGCUUGCUGAUUUGGCGACUUCGGACUAUGUCAAGGUCUGGGCUCGGGAUGAUAUUGAGGCUGAGAGGUUGUGGAAGCUGACUGAGAGACUGGUGGGACAAGAGUUUGUUUACUGA